GAUUUCAUCCUUAUCUUACAUCACCAAUUUAUUAACAGGAAAGCAGUCACACUUGAGAUGCUGGGGCCACCCUACAACCACACAAUGGACACCUCUGCCACCUUCUUCCUUGUGGGUGUUCCAGGAUUGCCGUCUUCGCAUCUUUGGCUUGCUAUCUCACUGAGUGCUGUGUACACCAUAGCCCUGUCAGGAAACACACUCAUUGUGACUGUAAUCUGGAUAAAUUCCACUCUAUACGAGCCUAUGUAUUAUUUCCUGUGUGUUCUUGCUGUUGUAGACAUUGUUAUGGCCUCCUCAGUGGUACCCAAGAUGGUGAGCAUCUUCUUUGCAGGAGGCAAUUUCAUCAACUUCAAUGCUUGUUUUGCUCAGAUGUAUUUUGUCCAUUCAGCAACAGCUGUGGAAUCAGGGCUGCUGCUGGCCAUGGCUUUUGACCGCUAUGUAGCCAUCUGUAAGCCCCUACAUUACAGGCGAAUUCUCACACCUCAAGUGAUGCUGGGAAUGAUUCUGGCCAUCAUUAUCAGAGCUGUCAUAGCCAUUACUCCAUUGUAUUGGAUGGUGAGUCAUCUACCGUUCUGUGGCUCCAAUGUGGUUCUCCAUUCCUACUGUGAGCAUAUAGCUGUGGCCAAACUAGCAUGUUCCAACACAAUGCCGAGUAGUCUCUACAGUCUGAUUGGUUCCUUCAUUAUUGUGGGUUCUGAUGUGGCCUUCAUUGCUGCCUCCUAUAUCUUGAUUCUUAGGGCAGUGUUUGGUCUCUCCUCAAAGAAUGCUCAGUUGAAAGCAUUAAGCACAUGUGGCUCCCAUAUGGUGGUCAUGGCUCUGUACUAUCUACCUGGGAUGGCAUCUGUCUAUGUGGCCUGGCUAGGACAGGAUGUAGUGUCCUUGCACAUCCAAGUGCUGUUAGCUGAUUUGUACCUGGUUAUCCCACCCACCUUAAACCCCAUCAUCUAUGGCUUGAAGACCAAACAAUUACGCAAGAGAAUAUGGAGUUUGCUGAAGCACUGCCUGUUUGAUCACACCAGUUUGGAAUCAUGA